GCCAAGCUCCGAGUUUCCAUCCUCUGGGUCCUAGAGAAGGCGUAUUCAGGAUCCAUACCUCAUGACUUAACAGAUCCUGUCAACUUAAGUGGGGAGGAAAGCAAUGUGUUGCAGCCAAAGGUGAAACAGCUCCUGACAUCAGGGGAGGUCUACUGUAGAGCCUGUGCCAAUAUUACACGAGAUUACUCCACAAAAUGGCAAGGUCACUGGGAUGUGAUACAGGCACUAUCAAAACGAGGGAUAUAUGUAGUACAGAGUAACGAGGUCGCUGUCACAGAGCACCUGCUGGCAAAGACUGACACAUUCCAACAAGAAGCGCACCUGGCCAUGAUGGAUGCUCUAAUGGAGGCCCACAUCAGGGAGGUGGUGUCUGUGGAGGCAGUGGUCAGGGCGGUCAAAAAAUUUUCCUCCUUCAAUGCGUCUAGUGAGCUGCCGUAUGACUUGGAGGAUGCCCUUUUGUUCUGGAUCAACAAGGUUUGCAGUGCAGUCAGAUACAGACUCGAAAAGGAGCAAAAAGUGAAACAACAACAGUUAAUAGAACAGCAGGACACACAGAGGAUCCGCAUCAACAAGAAGCAGCUGAACCCCAAGUCUCUACCUGAGGUCCCCGUGCUGGAUGAUAUCCUGAAGGAUGUCAGCGAUGGCUGCUGCAUUGCUGUACUAGUCAGUUUUUACUCUCCAGAAUUACUACCUAUAGAAGAUGUGUGUUUAAAGCCAGUAAUGGGAAUAGCAGACUCCAUAUACAACCUCUCUCUGGUGGAAAAGUUUUGUAGUCAACACAUACCGAUGCCGUGUUUCCACUUCAAGUACGAAGAUCUCCUCUAUACGCACUCUAAUAUAAAGACGAACUUGUUGGCGUUUCUGGCACACCUGUUCUACUACUUUGAGGUAGAGGGCGCCACCUUUGUGAAGAAUCCACUGAAUGAUAAAGAGAAUAUUGCUCAAGAAGAUGCCACACAGUCAAACAGCCCAGCAAAGAAGCUCUGCAAACCUCCAGUUCCAAUCAGCAACGCCACCAAGAAGAGUUUUCAGCACGACAGCGUGCACAGCGCGUUCUCCAGUAGUAAUCCUGACCUGCGCAAUGCUGGGGGAGUCAGUGUUCCCCCAGCCAGGCAACCACUGCUGAACAAGAGGGUUCAACAACAUAGAAAUAGUACAACACAGGAUGGUCAAGAUGAUGUAACGAGGAAAUCUAACUCUCUGAACUCGGCAGAGGAGAGAGACCUGAUCACACAGUCAGUUCUGGCCUGGCAGGAGAGGAAUCAAGCUGAGAUGCAAAGGCUGGGUCAUUCCACCAAGGACAGCCAGGGUAGCUCUCUACUGGCCAAUGUCAGCAUCGACACAGACGUCAGCGCCAGUUUUGACCAGUCACGAGAUCUGGAGGAUAAACCACCUAAUAUAGGUUAUGUCAAGCCACGUGAUGCUGUCUUUGUUCCACCGGAACAUCCCCAUUCCCAACACCAUGGCAACGCCAACGACAUGGAGGUACAAAGCGUGUCGUCCUCGCGACAGAAUUCAGCUCGUAGCUCUUCCUCUAGAACACAAGAGCCUCUUGUACCAGCGCGGCUUAAGUUGUCAAAGGAGACAACCGCCAAUGGCUUGAGUAAGGAUAUAGAAAGUGGGGAAGCUGUUGAUAGAUAUGACGGCGGCUUUGGCAACACACAUCUAGCCAGAGCUGUACCUGGAUUCGAUAGUGAUAUGACUGAUUCCGAGGAUGAGGAAUUUGUCACCCCUGAUGACAACGAUGGCCCUCCUAUUGAAGAACCUGGCAACCAGUCGGAUUUGGCAAAGUACUUCGAGGAUUUCACAGAGCCAUCUUCAUCCUCUGUUCAAAAGACACCUCGUCUGCUGUCAUCGACGCCGCUGAAGCGUGGGCCAGUAGGAGAGAGCUAUACUGUUAUACCUAGCUCUGCAGAAAUGGCAAGGUCCUCUGGAAUACCUGUUUUAGAUAACUCUUUUCAUAAUGGCGACUCGGAUAGCCACAGCGACAUUAUCUCUUCAGAGAACUCAGAUCAUGAACUGCAUAAACUUCAGCAAGACCAGAACUUUAAAGAAAGUCAAAAUGGCGAUCCGUUUAGUCAAGCUAGACAGCAAGACAACAUGGUGUCAAGGCCAGACUCGUUGCUUGUUCCAAAACCUAUUCGCCUUGAUGGUUCUACGGCCGUGAGUAAAAGCAUGCCUACUACUGCAGUGGAAGGCAAAACGAAAGAGAGUCCAACGACAAGUUUUGCAGAAAUUAAAAAGCUUCGGGAGAGUCUUGGCCCUAUGGUGUACAUGCAGUCAGAACAGGAGCAGCGAGGGGGAAAAGAACCCAAAUCAGCCAUGAGAGAGGAAUCUCAUCACAACAAGGAGAAAAAGGCGACUUCUUUCACUCUGCCUAAUCUCACUACUUGGCAAAAGGUGGCAAAGCAGCAGCAUUCUCAGCAGACUCAGCCAGAAGAUGGCGCCACUUCCACCACCCAGGGCGAGGAUUCAGGGCGCCUGGCAACAGACCUGUUGGAUAUUCGCUUCCGCCUGGAACAAAAGAGGCGCACCAUGGAAGCUGAAAAGAAGCGAAAGGAGGCCGAGCGACAAAAGGAGCUUGAUCAAAUCAGCAAGGCUGCUUUCCUAAAAGUUUUAAACAAAGGGCAUGGUGAAGACGACUCUAAGAAGCCAAUGAACGUUCAGAUUAAGGCUUUGAAAAGUGAGCCCCAAUUGGCAAAGACCGGUUUAUCUGCCAAGGAUGGCGCAAAAUCCUCCAUUAAUUUAGUCACCAGAGGGCGUAGCACAUCGUCUUCCUCGGACGAUGAUAAAGGACCGCGAACUUUCUCAAGGGAAAAUAUCCAGCAGAAAAUUGAUGGAGUAAAACAGAGAUGGUUCAAGGAAGAAGAUGUACAGGUCAGGCCGGGGAUAUCUCAAGGUCAAAGGUCAUAUGAAGGCUCAAGGUCACAUGAGGGCUCACCUCGGCCCUCUGAGUCACCUCCCAGGGCCUACUCUGGUCCAUCCACACCAAGGGACAGAGUGGACGCUGGUCACUCCCACGACCAGGGCCAGUACAACACAUCUCUGAAUAAACUCAAUAAAAGCCUGACUGAUUUACAAGGCGAGAUUAAGAGAUUAUCGCUGCAGCAGGAGCAUAUUAAGAAUCUUGCCUUGGAGACCAAAAAUGUGUCUCCAAGGUCAACGGAGAUGUCAGGUGCGUCACCGCGGGAGGUGGCACCUUCUAGUGCACAGGUGUCACCGCGACGAGAGUGGGGACAUCAGAAGGAGGCGGCAGUACCCAUGUCUGGGCUAGCUGGUGCUUCACAGCGAUCCCAUGCUCAGAGCACAUACUUUCUGCAUGAUAAACCAAUAGGCCCGCUUACAGCCUUGAGUAAGAGUUUCCAGUCCACGCCAUCGCUACAUCAGGAGGGAGAUGUUAGACCAGUGGCGGGGAGUGAACAGCUGAGUCAAGGAACAACUGUGUCUUCUCAGCAGGUCUAUGGUAGCAGAGAGCAAGGUGGGGUUCAAAUACACGAUCCAACAAUGUACGCUCAGCUCUACCAGGCAGGAGAUCCUGGUGCGGUUGCAGCAGGAAUGCCACCUGGUGGACACCAGGGCGCACCACUUCAUCCACAUGGCCAAUACCAGCCACAACCACAGCAACAGCCAUUUAUGCUACACAGUGCAACAGGGGUUCCGUAUCAAACCCCAGGGGCAGUAUCUUCCAUAUCCACUGGUCACUUUAUACAACCAGCUACUGGUCAGCCUGGUCAGUCCACAAUGGCCACAGGUCAUCCCAUUAUGGCCACUGGACAACACCCGGGGUUCACUGGUCACUACCAUGGGUUACCACACUCUGUAGGGACCCAGGGGCAGUACCCCCCUCUACAUGCCCCUCAGUACCCUGCCGGGAUAACCCAACCCUCCCGCCCCCCAGCUGGGGUGUAUCCCCCAGGGACGCAGUUCCCCAUGGGACAGUAUGUGCAGCACCCUGGGUACCCUCCCCCUGCCUCUGCAGCCAUGAGUCCACAGAUGGCGCCACCAUACAGUGUGAGCUCACCACAAGGUGGCGUUGUACAGCAACAUGGGAUGUCGCCAGUGAGCCAGCACCAGGGUGAUACACAGGGCAUGGGGAGUACAUAUCAGUCCCAGCACCCUGAGCAUCCUAUGUCACCAGCACAGCAACCAGACAGGACCCCUCAGCCACCACAGCAUAUACCAUCCCCAGGGUAUCAGCAGCCCCAGGACUCCCAGGGUGUAAGCAGCACAUAUCAGCUACAGCAGGAACUGGCCACAACAUUCACCGUGACCACCCAGGCGCCGUACUCCACAGCGCCACCUACUGGUGUCACUGGGCAGUAUGGUGGGGUGUCUGAGGCGCCGGUGACUAGUGUGCCAGUGGUGACGGCCCCCUAUGAUGACAAGCUGGGAGAUGGUGAUGGAAGUGGUGAUCAUGAUGGUGAUACCGGCGGUGGCGAAGAUCUGCCCCAAGCUCAGGGGUUCUUUGUGACAUUUGCUGAUGAUACGCCGAAGAAACCCAAGAAAAAAACACCAAAGGCUAAGAAGGAGCAUGAGAAGAAAAGCAAGGCUUCAGUCACGGCCUCUCCAGCCCCAUCUUCCAGCUCGCUGGGGAGUUUUAUGGCGGCCACGAAGACAGUAUCACCUGGGUUAGGGUUUGUGAUUGAGGACAAAAGCAUGUCAGAUACUAGCUUUGAACAGAAGAAGCAAGAGAAAUUUGAACAGUUGCAACAGAAGCGACAAGAGGAAGCAGAAAAGAAACGACGGAAACUAGAAAUAGAAAAUGCAAAGAAAAGUGAAAACCAGAGAUUGAAACAGUUGGAAGCCGAGCAGAAAAAAUUAGAGGAAAAGAUGAGGCGCGAUAAGAUCUACCAGCAGUAUAUCCAGAAGAAAAAAGAGGCAGAAGACAGCGCAGCUUACGGCGGUUCGUCACAAGGGGGAGAGAAGAAGUCUACAAACAGCAAGAGCAAGUCUUCCAAGACAAAGCCUGCCCCAGUUCAAGAUGACUUUAAGUCGGCCACCUCUACUGCUCUGUCUGGAGGUAUAGGCUCCAUGUUAAACAACUACUACCCAGACCAACCAGACUCUGCGGCACCUCCCACCUCCACUGGGUACAGUCUAAACCUGGGCAGUGUCACUCACAGGAGACCCACUAGUCCUGCUCAGCAAGAAAAUGGUCACCAGAUGGCACUGACACACAGGAAAGGCCCAAGUCCUAGUCUAAGGGGAAGUCACAGUGAAAAUGGAAGUGAAAACGGACAUCACGGAGAGUAUUCAGGACCUAAAUUAUUCGUGAAACCCAGUUCCAAAUCCAAUAAACACAUAGUUCACAAUGCCAUUAAAGACAGCUGCCUGGCUGGGAUACCUAACACUGAGAUAAGAAAUAAAGUUUUAGAGGAAUUAGAGAUGUCAGACGCCAAACACUUCCUGAUUCUGUUCCGAGAUGCCCAGCAGCAGUACCGCGCACUGUACACAUUCCAACCAGAGAGAGAACUGGUGCUGAAACUGACCGGGACUGGCCCCAAGCAGAUCACCAGCAAAAUGAUGGACAGGUUUUACAAGUAUAAUUCAGGAGGCAAGAAAUUUGCCCAGGUCACCAGUACCAAGCACCUGUCUGUCUCCAUAGACGCCAUCACCAUACAGAACUCUCUGUGGACGACCAAAAAAUCCACCACGGCCAAGAAACCUUCUCAACCCAUGUACUAAAAAGACCCCCUCAAGCUAUGUACUGAAAAAAAUGGUCAUAUUCCCAUGUUUAGCUGGCUAACACACAAGUUUUAGCUUGCUAAAGCACAAGUUGUAGUUGGCUAAAACACAAAUUUUAGUAGGCAAACACAUAAGUUAAGCUAGCUAUGAAAUAAGCUUAGCUGGCUAACACUCAAGCCGCUCUACCUGGGGUGCGCAAAUCCUUGGCUUUGCAAACAAGAAAAAUGAUUCUGGUAAUAUGCAGUGGAAAGAUUCAUUUAUAUUAUUAGUUUUAAUUGACAUUGUAGAAUUAUGAAUCAUUUUUGUGUCUGAUAAUUCAGACAGCCACAAAGAUUGUUUGGGGGGAGGUGAUAUCCGUAGUUCAGUUUUGGGGUCCUGAAUACUAUACUGUACUUUUUAGAGUGAUCUUCCUUGAUUUGGGGACUAUGAACAGAUGGUAUUGUCAUGUGGCAAAGUAUGGGUCACUUUUGGAGAUAGUAUGGACAAGCAUUUUCACGGUAACUGUUUAAGGUAAUUAUGUUAUUAAAUAAAAAGGAGCACCAAAGCUAUAAGAGUGCUCUGCAACAAGUUUUUGAAAAACUUGUGAAAUAUCUAUACUUAUAAACAAGAAAGGAUGUGACUGUGAGUCGUUUAACCCUAUAUGUAAUGAUAUCUUAUUCUACACGUCUUUGUACUUUGUUUCAGUGUUCUGGCACAUCGAGAUAUGUUCUGGCAUAUUGAGGUGUGUUCUGGCAUAUCGAGAUAUGUUCUGGCAUAUCGAGAUAUGUUCUGGCAUAUCGAAAGAUAUGUUCUGGCAUAUUGAGAUGUGUUCUGGCAUAUUGAGAUAUGUUCUGGUAUAUUGAGAUAUGUUCUGGCAUAUUGAGAUGUGUUCUGGUAUAUUGAGAUAUGUUCUGGCAUAUUGAGAUAUGUAUGUUCCAGCUUAAAAUGCCCUUUUCUGUGGAUGUAUUACCAGUGUACUGAUACACUUAGGGAUGUGCUUAUUAAUAGGAUUGUAUGAUUCUAGGCAAUUAUAUUCUAGACUAUUAAGGUCAUAUUCCGAAAUGAUAAUAACAUAAUGUAAGAUGCGUAUGGUGUGAAAAAGUGCCAAGGUUUUUGACACUGAGUAGGGUAAUGUCAAUAAAAGCAGUCACGUAAAAAUCAAUAGAGGCAGAAAGUUAGCACUAGAUGAUGAGCUUUGGUAAUGGCACAGGAAAUGCUGAAAAAAAAAGAAAAAAAAAUGUUCUUGCUGCUUCAUGGUAAUGCUUUGUAACUUUGCUAUGGAGUCAUGUAAUAUAUGUACAUGGUGUACUAUUAUAUUAUUAUUAUUAUUAUGCUAUCUUGUACAAAUGUAAAUCUUUUGAUGUAAGCAGUUGUAAUGCUCAUAUGGUGUAAUCUUAUUCAUUUUAAUUAUCAUUAUUUAAUUGCUUCAGAUAUUGGACUAAUUCAAAAACAGUAUCUCUUGCUAAGUUGGUCUCUUUGUGUUAUUAUUGCUAAGUUUUUAAUCUUUUGGGUAAAAAUAUGACCUGAUGGAAAUCAGUAACCUGCAAAGUUGGGACGAGGGGGGGGGGAGAGGCAGGAAAAGAACUUCUUUAUAUAAGGCAGUAAUAUAAAGACAGCCGCAAAGGGAAGAUAACUAGCAUGAUAUACAAUAGUGAAAAUUUUUUCUUGUCUUGCAGAACUUUCACCCAGAUUAUUGUCAAGUUUCUUUCUCUUUGGUCAUUACAUAACAUUUUAUGAUAAUUUGUAGUGAUACAUAUCAUCUUCAGGAUGCUUUUUGAUGAAUGUUUUUUAUUUCAAGAAGAAGGGAAAGGAAGGACAUACACACCUGUGACAUUUAUCAUGAAUCAUGAUUUGUUGAAAGGCAUUGGUAUAGGGGUAAAAGGUUAUAAAAGCUUAAGUACUUAAGUGAUUUAUUAAUAAUUGGUACACUUUGACCUACUUAACAAUGAAAGAACAGCAUUUUCACAUGACCUACUUAUCGUAAUGUAGGUUAACUAAGGUAGCUUUAGUACACGAAAUUGGUUUAUGUCAUCAAAUACUGAAAAUAACGUUAAAAUGUGAGUUAUAACUACAAAGUAAGAUUUCAGAAAUGAUAGUAAUGCAAGUUGUGAAGUAAGUAUUUUGCAAAAAAAAAUAUCAAGAUCUGAUAUGCAAGAUUCGAUACAUUAUCGAGAGGAUUAUGCUGCAGUCAAGUGAUAUGCAUGUAGAUGUAUAUUUAUUUUGCAUCAGGUAUUCAUUAAUUUUCAUAUCUGUUCAUAUUCCGUGUAAAAGAAAACAGUUGUGGAUGUAGGGAAUGUGUACUCGGUUAUAUGAUAUUAAAUUUCAUAAGUGUA